AUGGAAGAAAGCCCCGACGCCCCGGAACCUCCUCUAUCGGUUCAAGACCAACGUGGUUCCGAAUUGGACUUGUUUGUCCGUCAUAACCCCGGUCAAUUGCAAAAAAUUCCUGAUUUACGCGCCAAAAUCGAGUCAAUUCUUGCGUCCUUGGACUCAUACUCAACCGCUAUCGAUGAAGGAAAGGGUAUCGCGAGGCACCUGAACGUACCUCUACUCGGCAGCAGAUUGGAAGACAUCAUUGGCGGCUCCUUCAGCAGCUCUUGCCCACGUAUCGUUGAGACAAAUGGUCCGAUGAAUGACUAUGGAGUUACUCCGGGCUGGGUAGAUCUCAUUCGGGACGCAAGACCUGGCCAGUUCGAACCCCAUGGCAAUGAGAUGUUUCAUUACCGUACGCAAGGUCUGACAAUAGAAAUGAACAAACAUGACCGGGAAGCAGUUUGCUCUCCUGUUUUUCGGAAGAUAUUCUGCUCGGGGCCCCUCCCUGAGGAUCUGAAAGCAGAGCAGGAGACUAUUACUGCCCUGCUAGGCGACAUGUCUGAGCUGGGUAAAGAUAUGAUACAAGCAUUUGCGAAGAUCCAACACGUCGUGAAACAACUCAAAGAUUAUAGCAGCAAUCUCUCGGAUUCGACCGGAAUCGCACCCUCCCCCCUGAGCCUUUGGGAAUUCGGGGGUGAAGAGAAUUGCACCUUGCCAAUUGAUGGACCACAAACUCCCCCACCUGAUACCCGACUAGUGCAAACUCAGCAAAUCACGCCGCACGGAGCCCCUGCUGCAUCUGAAAGAGUAACCAUUUGCACAAACACCGGGGGGCCAGGCGUGCUUCCCUCACAGCCUCGCCACCGCUGGACCAGGGCAGAGAAAACAGCAUAUGCGGACUUUAUGCGUGGCCGAUGUCAUAUGUCCUGGCCAAGGAUAGCAGACGAUUACUGGAAGACCACGGGGAAUCGGCUUAGUGUUAAUUCUCUAAGGCAGCAGGCUAAGCGAAUGGGAAUCCAAGUAGAGUGUGGAAUGCCGGAAAAACCUUCGAAAUUGAGCCGAUCGAGCCGAUCGAGCCCCUUGGUGCUGAAGGUCAACUUCCCUCCGCACUCAGGGAAGCCGGCCAAGAAUGAUCAACAACCAAAUUCCAUCGGGAUUAUGCAAUAUGGAGACGAUGGGGUAGGCGACAGACCAGAAGCCUCCCAAACGCAUGGGCAUAACACUGAGCCCAAAUACUCGGCGCCGAAUUCACCUUACUCACCCCAAGAUAUACCCAUUUCCAACGACAUGCGCAACCUUCAAAGUCAAGGCUCCGGCCAAGAUUCUGCCGGCCAGCUGAACUGGAUAUUAAACUGA